AACGCUUUAGCUGUCAGUCAGACUCAGCUGCGUACAUCUUCGAUCUCUGUUUUUCUGUCAUUGUUCUUCUGUAACAUUCGAUAAAAAUAAAUUCAAAAGGAAACGAAAAUAUGGUUUCCGUAAUUUGAAAUAGCAUGUCAUUGUUUCACGCGUAAGAUAGUGGUUGACCGGGUGAAGAGUUUUAAAUGUGACGUAUUAUUGUGGAAAUUAACGAAGAAAUCAUGAGUCGUUUUCCGGGUUCUGUUACCUUCGUGUUUUUGCUCAGUUUUGUUGUAUUAUGCCGCGCUUCAGGGGCCGACAUCGCUCUCGAUGCGAAGGCGACGCUCCUGCACCGCAUCGACAGCUUAAAUCUAUUGAUCUACACUUGUUUGCUGACGCUGACGGUGCUCACGAUAUGGGUGUUCAAGCACCGCCGAGUUGCUUGGCUUCACGAAACGGGAUUAGCGGUUAUAUACGGGCUAAUAGUUGGCUGCAUAAUUCGCUAUGCUGGGAAUACCAAUCAGCUCACGUACAUCGAUGCACAUCCAGCCCCGGACACAUCCUACAAUCUAUCCGUCCCUCCAGAUAUGCUGCGCUUUCAUUUUCCUGACAAAAUACAGAUUUCAUCCGGAGAGGCUCCGUUACCAAACAAAACCUAUGCCUAUAGCUUUAGAGGAGAAAUCGUGAAUGUGGAACAAAAUGAAAUUGACCUGAAAGCAACAUUUGAUCCUGAAAUAUUCUUCAACAUAAUUCUGCCUCCCAUUAUCUUUCAUGCUGGCUACUGUUUGAAGCGAAAAUACUUCUUCCGCAACCUGGGGGCUAUUCUCACGUUUGCCAUGGUGGGCACGGCUCUCUCGGCACUCGUGAUAGGGGCCCUCAUGUACGGCUGCGUGCAGCUCAUGCCAGCUACACUCGCCUCGAGCUUCACAUUCUUGGACACCCUGUACUUCGGAGCUUUGAUCUCACCGACUGACCCGCUGACUGUGUUGGCUAUAUUCUCGCAGUUGAAGGUGGAUGUGAAUCUCUAUGCUAUGAUAUUCGGCGAGAGUGUCCUCAACGACGCUGUUGCCCUGGUACUCAGCGGUGCUAUACAGAACUAUGAGAAGAGGUAUUCGAAUGAUGGUGGGUUCGAAAUAACCGCUUUUCUCGGAGCCAUUGGGGAUUUCAUCGGGAUCUUCAGCCUUUCCUUGCUUGUCGGCGCUUUCAUCGGCUGUUUGACUGCAUUGAUGACCAAGUUCACGCGAGUGCGCGACUGGCCGCUGCUGGAGUCGGCGCUGUUCGUGCUCACGUCGUACGCCGCCUUCCUGCUCGCAGAGGUCAUCGAGCUCACCGGAGUGGUAGCCGUGUUAUUCUGCGGGAUCUGCCAAGCGCACUACACCUACAACAACCUGUCUUCAGACUCGCGCAACAGGACCAAACAGCUGUUCGAACUACUCAACUUUUUGGCUGAAAACUUCAUCUUUACGUACAUCGGGGUGUCGAUGUUCACGUUCCCGAAGCAUCAUUUCGAUCCGUGGUUCAUUAUUGCUGGAUUUGUGACGUCACUGCUCGGUCGCGCCGUCAACAUCUACCCGCUCUCGUUCCUGCUGAACCUCGGCAGGAAACCACCGAUACCGAUGAACUUCCAACAUAUGCUGUUCUUCUCAGGUCUCCGCGGCGCGAUGUCGUUCGCUCUAGCCAUACGCAACACGGUAUCAGAAGCUCGACAAGCCAUGCUGACCAGCACGUCGCUCAUUGUGAUCCUGACUGUGAUACUGCAGGGGGGUGCAGCAUCGCAUGCGCUGGCUUACUUGCGCAUACCUACUGGAGAGAGUCAAAACGAAGAGACUGACGCGCUUCCAUAUCGCGACGUGAGAAGUCUCUACCAGGCUACCGGGACGGGCGGUUCGAAAGGCCGCAUGGUAGUUAAGUGGGGGAAAGGCGAUAACGAAGUGAUUAUGCCUUGGCAACUUUACUAUUCAGAAGAAACCCCCGGCGACGCCCACACUAGCAGUGAAAAGGCUCGCCUAGCCCGGGUCUGGGGGGCUCUUGACUCGAGACUCCUGAAGCCGUUGUUGACGCACGCGCGGCCGCCGCUCACGGACACGCUGCCUUCCUGCAUGCGGCCCCUGGCGCAGCUGCUCACCACCACGCACCAGUACACCAUGCCGGACAGCUCCCGGCACCGAACAGACUCGGACUCGGACCUGUGCAUCGACGAGCAGUCGCCCGCGCCCUCCACCAUCGACCCCCAGCAAAUGUGGCCUGGAGUCGUGGACACGCGCAUCUCUGUCGAAGGGAUCACAGGUAGUAAUAUAUGAAAUUAUAUCGACAACCCACCUUACGGGAUCAAUGUUAUAAAGCCGGAAAGUGCUAUGAUGUAACCUGGCGCUUAAGACUUAAUGUUAUUGUGACGGCGGAUUGUAAGCCGAUGUUUAUGUAAGGGUGAGGCCCCAUUGUUACUUUGCGUUGAGAAGCGAUCAUAAAAAAUGGGGCGUCGCCCUAACUUGUUGUUAAUGACGGAUAACGCAGCGGAAAUGGAAACUGUAUUGUGUAUUUUAGGUAUAAGGCAGUAUAACAGUCGUGUGUGUACAAUACCAUACAUGCAUCUCCUAUAGAGCACCGAUGGCAGAGAAGCUAUACAUAGUCUGAUAUGGGUCAUUAGUUUAUCUUUCCGGAUAUUCUUCUUACCAUUUCUGGCACAUUUUUUUGAGAUAUAGAACUAAUAUUAUUCUGUGUUUAUUAGCUAAAUGUGUGCUUAGUAUUAGUUUAAGUACCUAUAUACCUACUAGGUAAAAUUAAUUCUAAUUUUCAAGACAAGUUAAUGUUUUACUUAAUAUAUUUGCCUACAUCACAAAGGUACAAAAUUUGUGUCAUAUUUUGCUCAAUAAAUUUUCGCUGCGUUGCCAAUUAAAUAAGCGUUUGCUUAUUU